AUGGAAACCUCACAUGCAAAUGUGGAUCCAAUUGUUCCACCACCGAGCGACAAUCCAUCAAGCCCGGGUGUUGAUGCUGAUCUCAACAAGGACUCUGACCAUCUUGAAGAUGUGAUUUCUGCACAUCCAGAGAAGACUCAUGCAUCUGAGGUGUUGUUCUCUUCUCAACUUGACUCCAAUCUAAAUGUCUCUGAAGAGGUAAUUAUUCAAAAUCCUACUCCUUCAGUUGAUGAAGAUGUGCAUAUAGAGGGUGAUGUGGGUGAAGAUGAAGAACCAACGACAGAGGAUGUGUUAAUCAGCACUCUUGGUGCCUCUGCAACUGCUACUCUUAAACGACAAAAGAAGAAGAUUGUUAGGAAGUACUCUACUCGUUCUUCUGGAAAACAGUUGGGUUUGGGACAGAGUGAGAACAAGAAGAGUAAGAAGGUAAUUGUGAUUGAUGAUGACACUCCAAUUCUGAAGACCAUCAAGAGAAAGCUUCAAGAUGUUAAUGUUAAUAUUGAUGAUGAUGAGACUCCAACUGUGGGGUUGUAUAUGCCUGACACUGGUACAGCUGCUAGAAAACGCAAGAUUGGGAAGAGAAUUCAAGAAAAUGUACCUGCUGCUCCCUUGGACAACAUUUCCUUUCAUUCUGAAGAAAAUGUAGGUAAGUGGAAGUAUGUUUUUCAUCGCAGGAUUGCUCAAGAGAGGGAAUUGAAUGGUGAGAUUCUGAAUUGUCAAGAAAUUAUGGAAUUGCUUGAGGCUGCUGGUUUGAUGAAAACUAUUACUGAGAUAGGCAGGUCCUAUGACAAGAGCAUUGAUGACACUGUUAGUGAAGAUAUAUCUUUGAGUGCUAUCACUACUGAACUCACAGCUGGUCAAGUUAAGGAGUGGCCUGUCAAAGGUUUGUUGUCUGCUGCACAUUUCAGUGUGAAGGAUGCUAUUUUGAAUCGCAUAGGUGCUGCAAAUUGGGCUCCCACCACACACACCUCAAUGUUUCUUCAGCAUGCUGAUACCUUUGCUGUCAAGAUACAUAUUGGUUUUCCUUGUUUAAUAUCUGAGAUUAUUUUGAGUCAACAUCCUCAAAUUGUCAUUGCUGAUGAGUUCCCUAGCAAGAAAGCUAGUCCUCUCACUGUUAAUUACAGGCUGCUAGUUGGUGCUCAUGUUCGUGAUGUUGCUGGUUUGGCUGAGAUGACUCAGGGGGAGGGUUCCUCCUCUCAGAAGACUCCUGGUACUCUUCUUGAUGAGCUUAUGGCGGUGUCCAAGAUGCUUCAGGACACAAUUUCUAGCUGUACCUUGAGGAAGAAGAAUGUGGAUAGUCUCAUCGUGGAGCUGACCAAAGGGAAGAUGAUUCAUGAGGACAAUAUGGAUGCUGGUGCUCAGAAUGAUGCUGGUACUUCUGAUGAUGACACUAAUGCUAGUGAUUAG